UCCUUUCUCUUCUCAGCAUCCUUAAAACCACAAGUGAUGUGUGCAGGCUUCUCUCUCCUAGGAAUGUCCAAAGUUGGGUACCUUGGAAAAUGGUAGUUCCAAAGACACAAAUAGGAACUUUUCAAAGAAAGAUACUUUCAGCUAGAGAUAGAGAGCCCUUGACUGUAGGAACCAGAAUUAAUUAACCACAGAAAGAGUAGGAAAGCUUCUGAAACUGUAGCGGGCCAGUAGGGAGGUAAAGAAGAGUGCAAUGCAGGUCAGGACCAAAGAAAGCGACAGCAAAGAUCAGUAACUCAACAGUGACUGACUCUAGUUGCCCACACUGGGGAAAUAUAUUCAGUUUCCGGCUAGAAGGGUUGAGUGGUUAAAAUGAGAAGCACUCUUGUGUAAUACACUUGUGCAUAUGUGCUUACGCUGUCUAGUUAUCUCAGGUCAGGUUCUCUUGAAGUUGGGGGCAAGGUGGUAAUUUGGGUUCAAUACCUGUGAAAGGAAAGGAGAGGAAGCAGGAUUGAUCAGAGGAAGAAGAAGAACUAUGAUAAGGGCUCAACACAGCUUUGACCAACCUGAUGAGAAAUCACUGGUCUUUAUACCAAUCACCUGACACAGGCUGCCCUGGAAAAGGCUUGACCUCAGGCAGAGGAGGCAGCUCUCUGCAGCUAAAGCAGACACUGAAAGUGCUGACAGCUGGAUACUGUCUGCUGACAGUCCUUCCUCCAGCUGGGCUACAAGCCCUUUCUUGAAAGGGAACCUACCUGGGUAGCACAUCUAUUUGCCUACCAUAAGCCUACUGUAAGCCUUUCCAGAGUUAAUGUAGUGUUUUUCUUUUAAUUAUCAACAUAUAAAAGGUAUUACAUUUACAGUAGAGAACUCCAUAUAUUUAGUGUUGAAUACAAAAUUACUGUUAGAAUUUAUCUUCAACGGAUUAUCAGGUGGUCAAUAUAUUUCUGUGCAAGCUAGGAUUACUGUUCAUACAUUUAUUCAUCCCACAAACAUCUAUUAACUAUUUAUUGCAUACCAGUCUCUGGAAAUUGAAAUAUAAAUAAGUAUGCUUUCAUUAUAAACUCCUAGAAAUCAGAGUCUAGUGGGGAGGUCAAUAAAAUAGACAAAUAAUUAAUGUAGUGAGUUAAAAAGAUAGGUCUAAACACAGUGCUAUAGAGGUUAAAGGGACAUGAAGAAGAAAGUACUUAGCUGUGCCUGCAGACAUCCUCCUAGAAGAGCAGAUGCAACAUUGGCUGUCAGAGAACAAGAAAUAUUUGCAUAGCAACAUUACAGGAAGAGCAAAUUGUAUGUGUAAAGGUUCAGAACAAUGAAAAAGCAUUGCACAGAUUGAGAACCACAAGUAAAUUGGCAUGACCCAAGGACAAGCAGUGUUUAAGGAGGAAUUGAAAUAUGAGACUGAAAAUAUAUCUAUAUAUAUUUGUGUGGGUAAUUAUCUCAUUCAUUUAUGUUAUUUUUUUUUGCUGUAUUUUAUCUUGCCAGUGUUUGUCGAAUAUAUUUAACCAUGGUUUGUGGGGGCUUUUUGUUUGUUUUUUGCUACAACACAUUUCUGCAAGACAUUCUUUGUGAAAUGUUGAAAGACAGUGGUGAUUGAGCCUGCCACGUUAUCUGAGACAUAAGCAUAUACUGGAUCUAGUACCUGAACAAGUGUGUUCUAACUUGAUAUUGACAAAUAAGGAAAGUUACUACUGUAUGCAAGUUCUGGGAAGGCUAUAGCAGUAUCUCUGUGCUCUUGGAGAUUGGAACGCAGAACUCUGCUAAGAGGAACAUCCUAUCUCCCUGUCAUAAAGAGUCCUUAGCAACCACCUGGUUCAGGUCACAGGCAGGGAGAGGAAGGACUGCAGAGUCUUUUGCUCUUUCUGUGCAGCUUAACUGAUUUGAAGAAGCUGAAGAAGAAAAUCCAGUAGCACAGUUAAGACUUUAGCCAUGGCAUCUGUAUCGUACCAAAAGCCAACAUCUACUACUGUGGGAAAACAAAUGAUUUUUACAGGUCCAGACUAUGUAAAGGAUUACUUGCCUAAAGUUCAUCAACACACUUCCUAUGUAGGAGAACAGCAUCCAGCAUUAGAAAAAACUGGAGAUCUCAGAUAUUUAUGGAGGCCUGCCAUGAAUAGAAGCUUCCCAGCAAAAUAUAAACAUGAGUACGUUGGUGAAAUUGGUUGGGGAGUAACACAGUAUAAUUUUAUCAACAAAUCAAGACUGGAGAGUGGCUUUCAUAUCAAGUAUGCAGAACUAAGUCAAGCUUCCCUUGAUGCAAUAACCCACAGAUAUCAAAACCCAUGGCAACCAAAACCUCAUGUCCUGGAUAUGCAAGGAAAACACAGUCGUGCCUCUUUUGCCUGGCAUAUGAGUGAUUUUGAGGACACUGAUCGGAGAGAUUCCAAAUGGGCUACUCUUGUUAGGCAGAGUAAGUCACUAACGCCAAGAACUUCCGAGCUGUCUAAGCUGCCGAAGCUACCAAAAAAGGAAAAGAAAAGGAAACAUUAGCCUCUAAAUCAGCAUAACUCAACCUGCUUCUAGAAGGAAAAACUGCCUACAACUGUAGAAUGAAAAAUAAGAUCAUAAUAAUCCAUAAAUGCUUCUCAUAUUGCCCCAGGACAGAUGUCUUACAAAAGUAUGCUUCAGCUUAAAAUACAGAGUUUGGAAAAUAAAGAGAGUGUAGAA